UCCCAGUCGCAAAGAGACCGCCCUGCAAUCUAGACGUGAUCAGCAGCCCAUCAAUAAAUAAAAUACAAUAGAGAUAUACUCGCGGUGUUCGACAAACAAACAGGCAAAUACAAUUUUUUAGAAGAUUAAUUCCGAGCAUCGGCGAUCUAUAUACAAGCGGGUCAGGAGGUCUAGCAGAUAGGAGGAGGCGGAGGAGUAGCAGCUCCAGCUCCAGCUCCAGUUCUCCAUAUCCCAGCCGUUAAGAUUCGAUACGACCGAUCGAUCGAUCGACCGAACUUAACCUUAAGUGCGGUGCGCGUGUGUUAUUCGAAAGAUCUUUCAAAAGUAGUGACAGUGCGGCUUUGAAAUCCGAUGCCAGCGGUUCAGAGAAUCAACGAAAUCCUGCUGGAAAACCGAGCUGCCAUGGAAACCCCCGCACGCACGCAUAUGUGCGCCUAGUGGGUAAUUUCCCGAGUCUUUCGUGUUUUCCGAGCUGCCUGCUCGAACAGUUGAUAAUCCGCCGUCCGAGCGAAUGCAACGUGUCCUGGUCUCGAGCCGGAAAACCGUGAUUUGUGAACUGUGAACUGAGAUAUCGUAGAUAACGAAAAAGUGUACAUAUAUAUAUAUUAUUGCUCUGGCCAAAGAAUUGUGAAAUCGCAUUCACCGAGUGACUGAGAUCACUCUACGAAAAUGACUUCCCUCGUGUACACCGUCUUUCACCUGGCCUCGCUCCAGUGUUCCGUGCGUCCGGAGAUCUCGCCCUGCACCUGCGAAACGGGCAAGGCCUGGAACCAUGUGGAGCUCUCCUGCGAGAAACUGGAAUCCUUCAAUGCCGUCGUGGACAGCCUGGCCAAUAAGCUCAAUGCCGACACCAAUAUCGACCUAAAGAUCACGCACUCGCAACUCGACGACCUGGAAAUGCGCUCGUUUACGGAUAUGAACUUCAACUUGUACAAGCUACGGAUGCAGUGGAACAGUCUAAAAUCGCUGCCCGAGGUGCCGUUCCGCGGGUUAUCGAAUGUCACCUACCUAAGCAUCGGCGACAACGACCUCGACGAGAUCCCGAAGCACGCCCUGAGCCACAUGCCGAGCCUUUUGACUCUGGACAUUGGGCGGUGCAAGAUACGGUCGGUGCAGCAGGAGGACUUCCGGGGCAUACAACGGGUAACGAAUCUGAUCCUGGUGAGCAACAUCAUAACGCGCCUGGACCGAGGAUCCUUUCCCAAGAGCCUCCUUAUCCUGCAUCUGGGUAGAAACCAACUGGAGUCACUCAAUGGCUCGCUUCACGAUCUGCACAACUUGGAGUCUCUGUUCAUCAAUGCGAAUAAUAUCACGUCGCUGGAUGAUGAGCUACCCGAUGGAGGGCAGUUGCGCCUCCUGAUGGCCCACAAUAAUAGGCUGGAACGCCUGCCGGCCAACAUGGCCGGUAUGCACAGCCUGGAGACGGUCCACAUACACUGCAACCAGCUGAGAUCCUUCGACCGCGUACUUCGCAAUGCCGUCAAUCUGUCCGAGGUCAUGGCCGAUAACAAUGAGCUGGAGUACCUGGCCCAGGACGAAUUCGCCUCCUGCUCCAAGGUGGAGACCCUGCAGAUGGGCUGCAAUCACAUCAAGUCGCUCAAUUCCUCGCUACUGCCCAUCCUCAAGCUGAAGAACGCCAACUUCUCGUUCAACGACAUCGAAGAGUUCUCCAUGGCGGAACUGCACGGACUGCGUUCGCUGAAGACACUCCAGCUGUCCAGCAAUCGCAUCCAACGACUGCUGCCCGAUCCCCGGGGAGUGCAGGAGCUGAUGCUAGUCAAUCUGGAUCUGGAUAACAAUAGAAUCGACUCUCUGAAUGGAGCUUUGGCUGGCUUGGGCAAUCUUCGGAUACUCAAUUUGGCUGGAAACCGAUUGGAACACCUCCAGGUGGGCGAUUUCGAUGGCAUGAUUCGAUUGGACAUCCUCGACCUGACCGGGAAUCAGCUGGCGGAGCUCAAGCCCUUGGAAAUGACUUUGUUGCCCAGCCUGAAAAUCCUUAAGGUUGCCUACAACAAUAUCACCAAGCUGGAACAGGACUUCAAGGGACUGCCCGUUCUUUGCCAGGCUAACUUGACCAAUAACCAGAUAUCGGCCAUAUCGAGUGAACUCGUGACCAACACGCGCUGCAAAAAUCACAAUGUUCCCGGCAAACUGGAGAUACAUCUAGAUGACAAUCCCAUAAUGUGUGACGUGGGAUUGAACGAGCUGUGUCGAUUGAUGGCCGUCCAGGAGGCACGAAUUCGUGGUCGAUCCCAGUGCUUUGAGAAUGACCAGGAGGUGUGCACCGUGCUCCCGAUGCUAUACAACGUGAACCUGCCCAUAAUGGUGACCAAUCUGAAGUUGACGGGCCGCGAGGUUCCAAAGCCAAUGGUGCGGGUGAUCGUGCCAUCGCUGAUCAAGGCCAAUAAUGAGCUAUUGCCGCCACUUAUUGCCACUCUGGGUAAUCCAGUGCUCAUUAGCACCGAUUUGGUCAAUCCGGUGAUAUCGCCACUACCACCACCACUUCUGCUGGCCACCACAACGCCGCCACCGCCUAUGCCACUUCCUGUGGAAGCGGACGUUGAGAAGAAUGAGUCUACCACCGCGAAUCCAGUGAGCACGAAUAGCACUCAGGAGACCACGACAACCACAAGUACCACAACGACGACAACAACAAAGUCCAGUAGUCAGGUGGCUCCCAUCGAGCUGAUCACGACCACAGCACCCACGACGACGACCACCAGCACCACAACACCGAAACCCAAUGAAACGCUGCCCGUGAUUGUGGAACUCCAGGAUCCCAAUCCACCGGACACUCCGGUCAAUCAAACUGAUGUCGGAGUGGCUCAGGAUGAGGCAUCUGCCCUGGUUCCGCCAGUGGUUCUAGAUCCCCUGCAGCAGGAUCUGGAAAGGGAGAGGGAGCGCGAAAGAGAGCGAGAACUAGAGCGGGAUCUGGACCACGAGGCGGUGGCCAAGACCGAGUACGAGACGGUCGAGUACAUCCCCAAUCUGGUGCAGCCUCCAGUGGGCAGUGAUGCACUGACGCCGCCUCCGAGCAAGGCGAAUGCGCUGGAGGAGGACUCCGAGUCGGUGCACUCCAACUCUGUGCACGCGGAGUAUCCCCACGCGGCGCAGAGCCUCCAGAUUCCCGAGGAACCGCCGGAGGAGUGAGUCCUCCGCCUGGGGGGUUAGGCUCCUCGGGGGGAAUCCCCCGAAAAUAACCACAUUAUUUUACUGUAAAUCGCAGACGGAUGGAAGCGCUGGAAUCGAUGGAGGGCGGACGGAGCAGCAUGCAAACGGCGGAAUGAGCGAGUUUCGGAUUUGUAUGCCUUAAGUUAACUUAGUUCUUAUGUUUUAUUUAAGCCAUCGCUAAAUCGAACAGUUUGUCGGACCAAACGCUUUUUUGUUGAGUUUUUUUCGUCGAUUUUAUGCAAAAUUCGAUACGAUUACUGGGGUUUUUGUAAUCCUGCAUUCGGGACAAACUUACGAGGACAGUCUUAUGAUUUAAGCUUAUUUGUUGGGGGCUCAAUUUCGCGUAUGUGUGCUUUGGCGUUGGCAAGCGGAACCCUUUCGGUUUUCAAUUUCACGGAAUUUAAAACUAUUUUCGAAAAAUACUCAUACUUUUAUAUUCUCUCAAAUGUCUAGAGCUGAUACUAUUUUGAUACAUUGAAACACAUCGAAGUGGGUGAUAUAUUUUCGGUUGGCUUAGAAUGAUCAUAAAAAUAAAUUGAAACAAACCGUGAAAUUAAAAAACGAAAGCAAGACCGAUAGAAACAGGAAGUUGGCGAUAUCAAAUAUGCAACUGCAUAUGCACAUUAUAUAUAUUUAAUAACUGUAUACACGUAUGAACGUUGAACAUCUACAAGUAGGUACUUAGAGUUAAACGACAGCAACAACAAAUCGCAUCGAGCUAAUGUUAAUAACGAAAAGCACUCACUCACAUACAAACACACAAAACCACACACACACAAUCACAGCCGUAGCCGUGCACAUGCACAAACUGAAAAAAAUACGAAUAAAAAAAAA